AUGUUGUAUGGCACUGCUUCAACGGCCGGGCCGAGGAAAUCCGCCCACGUCAAGAGUCCCAGUGGCCGCAGGCAACAGAGAGUGCAGCGACUGCUGCGAUUGGGGCUAAAUCCUCCAUGGCAGGAUGUUCUGAGAUUCCUGGCAGAUGAAAUUGACGCAUGGAAGCAAAGGCCUCAAUUUGCGACUAAGCUGCUUCUAGACAUUGGAGAGAAGAGACUUCCACUGGCAGAAGUUGUUUUGCGAUGUAUGCGAAAGACAUCUAUUGAGGUGAACGUCCUGCACAGCAACGUGGCAGCUGGAGCAUGCCUGCAAUGCAACAUGUGGCAACAUGCAUUGGAUGUCACCAGUGAGCUUGCAACGCACUACACAGAGGGAGAUAUCACUUCGGUCUCAACAAGGAUCAGAGCUUGUAUGCAGCGAGGGCAUUGGCCCCUAGCUCUUUCGGACAUGAAGACCAUGCAAAAUAUGAAAGCAGGAAUCGGCAGAUAUACCAAAGCAGUACUUGCUCCAUCGAAAUCUGCGAAUGCCUGGGAUGUCGCACUGUGGUUUCACUUCUGGCUUGCGAAUUUCAGAUUAGAUCCUGAUCCCGUGAGUACUGCGGAAGUACUCAGCUCAUGUAAAGGGGACAGAGGUUGGCAACAUGCUGUUGAAGUUCAUGAGGGAAUCUCCUUUCCUCCGAGAGAUCUGAACUUGAACACAUACCUGGAUGCUUUGUGCAUUGGAGGUCAGUGGUGUGCAUCCUAUGAUUUGUUUCUGCAAAUGCCUGGACUGCGGGUCAUGCCGGACCUAGUGACUGCCAACACGGUUGUCAAUGCGGCUCCAUGGAAACUUGCGUGGAUAACUUUUUCAGAGUCACUCGCUAGCGCUUCCAUUAAAGCUGACGUGGUGAGCUAUGCUGCCAUCAUCCCUUCAGACGAAGCUGCUUGGCAGGCAGCUUGCAUGUGUGCUCACGAAAUGCGCCAGGGGCAUAUUGCGGGCAACAUCCGAAUCUGGAACUCCUGCAUGCGAAGUGCAUCUCUCGCUGGCAGAUGGUUUGAAGUGUUCGAAUCAAUGGCUGAGCUGAAGCGCCAAUCUCAUGAGUCCGAUAGCAUCAGCUACACCCUGGCACUCUCAGCAGUGGAGGAAGGUCAGGUAUGGCGACAAGCCCUGAUGAUGACAUCGCAGCUGCGAAACCUCGCAGUUUCAGUGGACCAAUUGGCAUGCAGUUCCGUUAGCCGUGCACAUGCUAUGAGCAACCUUUGGCAAGAAUCUAUGUCGAUGUUGCGCAGACAUGGCAAACAAAUUCGCGUGGACGUUGUGAUGCAGAAUCAGAUUCUGGAUGCAUAUGAGAAAUCAGCAGAGUGGCGCAGCACCUUGCAAGCAUGUUCGAUGAUGAGCCUUGCAGGCCUUGAACAAGAUCCAGUCAGCUUUUGUGCAGUGAUGAGCAGCUGCCGGACAAGCGGCAGCUGGCCAUGGAUGACUGGCAUUGUGGAGCAUUUGCGGAAGUCCCACCAGCCUUUGGAUUUGACCUGUUACAACUCUGCGAUCAGCGCCUACACUCACACUGACCACUGGCGUUCGUCUAUGUCCACGCUCAGCCAGAUGUCUCAGUGCUGCGCAUCUGCAGAUGAGAUCAGCUUUAAUGCAGCCAUACAGGCUUGCAGUGGCCAACCUCAUUGGGAACAAAUGUGUUUGUCGGUCUUCGAACUUCAGUUUCGACGACUAAAGAUGGAUCUAUGUCGCGAGAGUGUCCUGCAGGAGAUUGAACAGCGAUCGCUGAGUGGGGCUGAAGCUAAUCUGCUGCAGACGAUGAUGUUUGGCUUGAACGAUCUGCGGACUACGAAGACGUGA